AUGAGCAGCACAAGCCUUGUGCCAACACCACCUCCGGAGAGCGGCUCUUACAGUCGUGUCUCUCCUGCUCAGGCGGCAGCCGAUGCCAUCCCGUUACUGGUAGACGAUACCUAUCAUGUCUUCCAUUUGACUACUCCUCCCUUCACCAGGCACCAUCCGCCUCGCCUUCGGUCGACCUGGUGGCGCAUGCGCUCCAAGAACUUGGUCGACUGGACACGUGACGCCGAGCCCAGCAUCAAGCCUAGCGAUGACAAGACGGCCCCCGAUGCGGACGGAGCAUGGACAGGCGCCGCUGUGCUUGGGCCGGACGGUACCAUGAACAUCUUCUACACGGGCUACAAUCUGUCAGAUAACGGCAAGCAGGUCAUCCUACGGGCGAAAUCAUCAGACCGUCACGGAACCAAAUUUCAGUACCCGGGGUAUGAGAUAACGUUCAACGGUGACGGCAGGUCAAAGCUCGAGCACAUUGACUUCCGAGACCCUUAUAUAUUCUACAACGAGACCGAAAAGCAGUACUGGAUGAUCAUCGCCUCGAGAUUAGCAGAGGGCCCGCACUGGAGCCGCGGCUGCAUCGCCCUGCUCAGGUCCACGGACCUGGAUACGUGGACCUUUGCGUCGGAGCCCCUGUAUUCCCCCAACGACAUGUUCUGCCCUGAGUGCCCGGAGCUGUUCAGCCUGCCGAACGGCAAAUGGUACCUGCUCUACUCGCGGUUCCACGCCCCCAACUCCGGAACGGUAUACCGCAUCGCGGAUUCCCCGUACGGACCCUUCCGCAUCCCCCGCGAUGGCUCGCACGGCCGGCUGGACGGUCGCAGGUGGUAUGCUGCCAAGUCGUGCCCCAAGGCUGGGGAUCCCAGCAAGCGGAUCUACUUUGGUUGGACGGGCGAUUACGUCGACGAGGAGGGCAAGUGGCUCUGGGGCGGCGAUCUUGGGACGCCGCGAGAGGUCUGUGCGGACGAGAAUGGAUACCUGCGCGUCGAGCCCGCCGCCGGCAUCGAGCAGCUUUUCAAUGAGACCUCUCAGGCUGUACCAUCCAAGGUAGUCCGGUCUGAGGUUUCGCUUUCGGCUGUUGGGUCAACAAAGGCCGCUUUCCCGGACCUGGGCGCCGCGGAGACGGAGGAUCUCCUUCUCCAUUUCGAUGUCGCCAAGUGUGACGCGCAUGCCUUUGGCGUCCUCUUGCAGGUCGACGCGGACGAGAAGGCCCAUCGCCUGCAGUUUACACCGAGCGUCGGCGACAGAUAUAACGUUGCUCUACUGACAAACUUCCCACCACUCGAUGACUUCUGGGCCGAUCAGUAUGGUCUCCAUCUACUCCGACCUGUUGAUGGACCCGAGAUCGUGCGUCACGAAGGUGUGAGCCUAUCCGGAGGUGUGACCCUGAUCCUCAGAAGCCAGUUGAUCGAGGUGUUCUGCGGAGGACGGUCCAUCAGCUUCCGCUUGCCUCUCCCGGUUGCGCCGGUGACGAAGGAUGCCAAUUCUGAGACCCGCCGUCUCGGUUGGUUCGUCGAGGAUGGCGAUGUAGACCUCUCCAAUGUCUCGAUAAGACACGGUGGCAUUCUGUGGAGAACAGACUCUUGA